AUGGCCGUGGAGAGCCCGAGCGUGCCCCCGCCCAGCAGCCCGCACUCGAGCCCCCCGUCCCCUUCUCCGGCCGCCGCCGCCUCCCUCCUCCACGGCCAGAGCCACCAUCACCACCACCACCACCACGGCAGCCUGGGCCUCGGCGGCGCCAGCGCCCGGCCGCUCCAACACCACCACCACGGGCCCGGCCCGGACGAAAGGGAGGAUGGGGAACUAGAAGAAGGGGAGCUGGAAGAUGAUGGAGGUGAGGAGCCCCAUGAAGCUUCUGAGUCACAUGAGAAGAGUCGGAAGGAAAAAAAUGAAAAGCAUCACACCGACUCAGAUGACGAGAAGGCUCACCGGAGGAAAAGGAAACGUCGGAAAGAGCGAGAGAAAGAGAAGCGGAGAUCAAAGAAGAAAAGGAAAUCCAAGCAUAAGCGCCAUGCCUCCUCAAGUGACGAUUUUUCAGACUACAGUGAGGAGUCAGAUUUCAGCCCAAGUGAAAAGGGGCACCGGAAGUACAGGGAAUACAGUCCUAUCUACUCGUCUUCCCACCAGCAGUACUCAUCAUCUCACGGUGCACCAAAGAAAGGAUAUUCCAAAAUGGAAAGCAAGAACUACCCCAUGUAUGAGGAAUAUGAGAACGAAGGCUAUUGUGACUAUGAGGGAGAGGAUGAUGAAGACAUGGGGAAAGAAGAGUAUGACGACUUCACCAAGGAGCUGAACCAAUACCGCAGGGCAAAGGAGGGGACGCACAGGGGGCGAGGAGGUCGUGGCCGAGGACGAGGCUACCGUGGUCGUGGAAGAGGAGGGAUGAGAGGAAGAGGAAUGGGUCGAGGCAGCCGUGGUAGGGGAAGGGGAGAGCACCCGGAGGAGGAGGAGGAGGAGAUGUAUGAAGAGGAAAUGGAGUACUGUGAAGGAGAAGAGCCUGUGGGUGAGGAGGAAUAUGAUGACUAUUCCAAAGAGCUGAGCCAGUACCGCAGGAGCAAGGAGGGAAGGGGCAGAGGCAUGGGACGUGGCCGGGGUCGUGGCUCUAGAGGGCGAGGAAACAAGGGCAUGGGCCGAGGAAGAGGUCACCGAGGAAGAGGCAAUAUGGGCAAAAGCAGUGCAAUGAAUGAAGAGGAUGACUACUAUGAUGAGGACUUGGGGGAUGGAGGUGGCAGCAGUGGGAAUUACAGGCGAAAUGACCACGAUAAAUCUCACCAGCAAUCGGAUAAGAAAGGGAAAGUAAUCUGCAAAUACUUUGUAGAGGGAAGAUGCACCUGGGGGGAACACUGCAACUUCAGCCAUGACAUUGAGCUACCAAAGAAGCGGGAGCUGUGCAAGUUCUACAUCACUGGUUACUGUGCCAGAGCUGAGAACUGCCCCUACAUGCAUGGAGACUUCCCUUGCAAGCUGUUUCAUACCACUGGGAAUUGCAUCAAUGGCGAUGAUUGCAUGUUCUCCCACGACCCCCUCACAGAUGAGACACGGGAGCUUCUGGAUAAGAUGUUGGCGGAUGAUGCUGAAGCAGGAGCAGAAGAUGAGAAGGAGGUGGAGGAGCUGAAGAAGCAGGGGAUCAACCCCUUGCCGAAGCCGCCUCCGGGGGUGGGGUUGCUCCCCACGCCCCCAAGGCCACCAGGGCCACCUGCUCCCACAUCUCCCAAUGGCCGGCCGAUGCCCGGAGGCCCACCUGCGCCUCCCCCACCCACCCCCCUGCCACCCCCCGGGCCACCACAGAUGCCCCCUCCACUCCAUGAACCCCUGUCACCUCAGCAGCAGGACAUGUACAAGAAGAUCCCCUCGCUCUUUGAGAUUGUGGUGAGGCCCACUGGACAGCUGGCUGAGAAGCUGGGAGUGAGGCAUCCAGGUCCAUCUCCACCCCGCUUCCCAGGGCCUGGGCAUCCUGACAUGCCUCCUGACAUGCCCCCAGAUAUGCUUCCUGAUAUGUGUCCAGAUAUGUGCCCCGAUAUGCCAAUGGGUCCAGGAAUGAAUCCUGGCCCCCCUAUGGGCCCGGGGCCCCCAAUGAUGCCGUUUGGCCCUGAGGAGAUGCCUCCUGGCCCACCAGCACCGGACUUCUACGACAGCUUCUACCCACACCCGGAGGGCUUGGAGAUGGACCCCGGCCUGAUGAGUGGCCCAGAGGGCUAUGGGAACUAUGAGGAGAUGCACGAAUUGCCUGGGGAGAAUGUCUUCCCUGACCCUUCUCUGGAGCCCGAUGCAUUUUGCGAUGGAGGGAUCUCAAGGCUGCAGAAGCCGUCCAGCACUGUGCCCGACUUCCUGCCCUCCACUCAGAGAGCCCUGUACCUGCGCAUCCAGCACAAGCAGCAGGAGGAAGAGGAACGGGCCCGUCGGCAGGCAGAGGGCUGCAAACAGGAACGGGACCAUGAAGAGGGUGACACUGGCAACUGGUAUUCCAGCGAUGAGGACGAAGGCAGCAGCAGUGUCAGCUCCAUACUCAAGACACUGCGGCAGCAAAGCUCUAGCCGGCCUCAUGAAGACCUUUCUGGCAAUGCUGGUCCUGUCCUGGGCAGAAGCGACCCUCGUCUCCAGAAAAGCCAGCCCUCCGGAAGCAGUCGGCCAGCUGACCCUCGCCUUCUGCGUGAUCCCAGACUUUCUCGAAACAUGGAGCCUUCUGCUCCACCCAGUGCUGGGGAUGUGGGGCCCACUGAUCCACGACUGGCACGGCACAUUCCCCCCACUGCCUCCAAGCCAGACUCACUGCAUUCCAGCCCUACUGCUGGCCAGAAGCUUGCUCCGGUUUCCGAGGAGGAGGAGGGGGAGCGGGUCCUGCGGGACAAGCCAGUGACCAUUCCUCUGGAUGCGCUGCCAAGCCAUGCCCUCAGGGACCCCCGUGGCCAGCUGCAGCAGUUCAGCCACAUCAAGAAGGAUGUCGUCCUCCUCAAGCCCAGCUUCGCCCGCCUGGUCCUUUGGAGCCCCGAGGAUCUGAUUCCCCUGCCUGUCCCCAAGCAGGAAUUUGUUCCUGUCCCACCUGCUCUGCAGUCACUGCCUGCCCUUGAUCCACGCCUGAACCGGCCCCAGAACACCAGCCUCUUGGACCCCAGGCAGCGGGCUGCAGCCGCUGCGGAUCCAUCUGCCACCUCUGGCUCUGGCCUCCCGGACUUUGAACUGCUGUCCAGGAUAUUAAAAACGGUCAAUGCAGCUGGCAGCCCAGGCCAGAGUGAAAAGCCAAGUGACCCUCGAACACGGAAAGUACCCGCUGACCCCCGGCUGCUGAAAGCUUCGGAAGCUGCACCCACAGGGGCUGCCUCAAAGCCCGCAGAUGCCGCUGCCCCAUCGCCUGCUGGCCCCACAGCCAGUCCUGAGGCAGCACCCAGCAUUGCUCCAUAUGACCCUCGGCUGCUCACCGCAGGAGGCCUGAGCAGAGGCCCGGGCCAGAGCAGCGUCCUGAGUGGGAUCAGCCUCUAUGAUCCACGCGCUCCCAGCUCAGGUGGCAAAGCAGCAGAGUCUGCUGGUGAGGGGAGCCCGGCUGCAAAGGGCUCGGAGGGAAGUAAAGGCAGCAGCAGAGGAAAGGAGCCACUGUUCGUGCGACGGUCAGCCCUGGACCAGCUGGAGACGGAGAAGCCCAGCGCAGAACCUGCUACCGACAGGUACAACAGCUACAACCGGCCCCGGCCCAAGGCCGCUGCAGCUGUCACUGCUGCCGCCGCCAGCACGGCACCUGCUACAGAGACCGCUGCGCAGCCUGGCGUUCACAACCUCCCUGUGCCGCCGGUCUAUGGCAUGGUGAAACAGGCAGCUAAGUCGGGGGCAGGCAGCCCGUUUGCCGGGAACAGCCCUGCCCAGGAGGGUGACCUGCAGGAUGCUGGCUCCUUGAAGGAUGUUUUUAAAGGCUUUGACCCUACAGCCUCCCCGUUCUGCCAGUAGUAUUGAGAAAGACUUGCACAUGCAGCCUUGUGUUCAAGGAAAGCAGCAGUGUUCAUAACUUUUGUAUUCCAUUUAUGCAUCCUUUUGCCAUAUCAAUUGUAUAUACAUCCUUUGGGUUUUGCUCAGCGCUGUAGCGUAUAAUCUUCAAGCUGCAUUGUAAGCAAGUAAUCAGAGUAUCUCAAGUAGUACUAGCCAGUAUUGUGUGAUGUUCCAAGAGUUCUUUCUUGGACUUUUUUGAGGUCCUCCAGAAAUCAUUCAGUGUCUACAAAUCUUUUGAAAAUUGGGCCAGCUACUCCCAUCAACCUUGAGCCCUUUCUGUGUGCAGUGGGCAUUGCCUGGAUGGCACCUGCUUCUCCUCUUCAGAUACUGCCUGUGAGGUGGAGGAGAGACUGGUGGACAAACAGCAGUUCCUCUCUGUAGCUUGAAGGGAUGAAGCUGUCAGCUAUGCUGAUCUGUAGAAUAUGUGUAUCUUCAUUUCUGAACUGUAACAAAAUAUGUGUAUCAUAGCCUUUUUAAAAAAAACUAGUGAAAAUUGCCAUGGAAAAGUAACCAUGUUGGAUUAUUUUUGUAAUUGUAUUGGAUUUUGUUUGAAGUACCUGUUUUCCUGCCACUUCCUUAAGGUUGCUGGAUUAUUAUGAGAUCCAGCUGGGCUAGAAUGAGGGUGCUACAUCUGGUGGGUGACUUCUUGCAUUCUACCAAAAGAAGAGUUUGUAGUAUUGAAAUUAAAUUAUUAAUAUCCUUGAUUUUCUGUGUAUGUCUUCUGCGCUCUUUUAAAUAAGCAGGGACUGCCUGUGCUCAAAAAUUGUAUGUAGAUUAUGUUAUUCCCAUAAAGAACUGGUAAUUUCUUUGAUCUGUGGAGGUGUAUUGGGUUAUUUUAAGCAUACUAGAUGGGCUGGCUCUACUAUUCUAUAGUAGUAGAAACUGGAUAAAAUCCAGUCUGAAUACUUCACAGGAGUCAGUGUCAUUUGAGAAGUGGAAAUUCUGCUGAAAGUGAACUGCCCUCGUGGUAGCAUCACAAGAGCGUUACCGGGGGCGGAGGCGCCUCCAGUGGCCGCUCCUGUUUGGGAGGGGCGGUGUGCUCAGCACGGCCGCCUGCCCAGCCAUCUAGCUCAGUUCUGGUCCCGGACGGAACCUCUUCCGAAAGGCCUGGAGCCUGCACUUGUCUUCCUACCGAGCUCCGCUCCUGAGCAGCCCCUGGUCUGCGGCUGUCCUUGGAGUGGCCUCUUCUGAAAGCAGCAUCGUGUCACCUCUGUGUGCACACCGUUUUCUUUAACCCUGCCUAGAGAGAAGAACCUGCAUGUCCUUUAUAGGGUUGGGGUGGACAUGCGAUGGCGCUUCUCCCCUUGCUUUGUUCACUGACAGCAUCCAAGGCAGGAGACAGAAGGCACAUGCCACGUUCUGAAAAUAGUAUUCCACAAUAUGGGUGUUGGCAGCUCAUCGGGGAGUAGGGUUUUCUGCCUCUCCCAAAAGCUACCCUGAGCUCUGUGCACUUGUUGAGGCUGAGAUGCUCAUGCCCUUCCUGGACAAGGAAGCUGCUGACUAGUCUGCCUGCUCAGGGAACGCAGUGAAGGAUACGGAGUAUUUGGAAAGGAUGCCAAGUGUUUUCCUCUGCUUUGACUGGGGCUGUCCUGGAUGCCGGCUGGUUGGUGGACAGCAUGGCGCGGCAAUCCUGAGCUGCCCUGGGAAGCUCUAGAGCAGGCUGGCCUACGUGGCAAUCUGUGAGAGAUGGGUCGAGAGGACGGAUUGGUUCAUAACAGCAAAGCACAGUUCAAAUCUCAGCUGUUGGGGCUGCAAGCAAGGGGAGGGGUGCCCUGGCUCCUGUGCUGAGAACUCACCCCUUCUGUUCCCAGUCAGGUUCAGUGGACCCAGGGAUACCCCGUUCCUUGGCUAUUUGAAGCUUGUUGUGAUAUCCAGCCUAGCAGUCUGGGUUGUUCAUGGCUAAUCCACGGUUUGUUGUUGGGUUCAAUUCUGGAUUAACUCUGCAGCACCCAGAGUGCCUGGUUCAGAUGUCACAUCAGCACAAAACCCAUGAACUGGUGUUGCCUGCAAACCAGGCCUGUGCUUCAGCCGUGAUCCUGCCUCUUACAGCCAUGCUAGGGGCCUUUGGCUGGCUGUGCAGAAGGGGCCCAUCUGGGAAAAAGUAGUGUUUGAAAAACAUUUUUAUGGAGUUGGUUGUUUGGGGUGGGGUCAGGGACUGAGAGGAGCACUAUUAGCGCCCAGUCGUAGCAGUAUUCGAUUCAAAAAGACAAGGGAGAAUCCCCACACUUGGUGGGCUGCUCAUUUUCCAGUACCUUUGCAGUUCCUCCUGUUUCAGGCAGAUUAGUUAAAAAGCAGUUUCUUUCUUGCCUGGGGAGCAAAAGUUCCACAGUGUGUGGUAGAGACUGCUUUAAGGAGGGGAGGAGAGAGACCUCUAACUGCAAACUUAAAGCCAGUUUUUCCUGUGGGAAAGUUAAGGCUGCCAAUUGCCUACUCUACAGACUUGACAAUUUCACUAUUACAGCUUUGCACGUGCACACAUGGAAGUCUGGCAAUUGUAGUUCUGAAAGGGGAGGGGACCUAGAACAAUUCGCAUCAGUCUCCCAAAAUUAUUGUUCUUCUGCCUCUGCCGAAUCUAUGACUUAAACUGGCAUGUUUGUGAGUGUAACUUAACUGGGGAGAUUCUUUGUGAAGUGCUCUGUCUUGUAAGCUUUAGGUAUAGAUGCUCAAUGACAUUUGUGUAAUAAAUAUGAUCCUUUGUAAAAACAAAAAUAGGAAAGCCUUUCAGAAGACCACAAAAUGGCAAAAACUGAAUCCUUCGCUAAUUGAUGAGACCAGUCACCUGCCAGAGCUUUAUAAAAAUGAGAUGAAAUGUAAAUAUUAUUUGAAAAGGGGGUUGUAUAUAUUGUAAUGGUAUUUUUACAGUGAAUUUUUGGUUGCAUGGCUCUGUUUACUUUUUUAUCACACAUUUGUCUUCCAACAAUGUCAUCUGGACUCUCCUAUCAUUGUACUGCUGACAUUAAAUGAUGCAGUGAUUUUAA